ACUUCUUCUUCGCAGUUCAUGUUAAGAAUAUCGAUAAAGCAAAAGCAUACUGUUCCAUUCGCGAAAUUGAUCGUCGUGAACAGCAGGUUUGAAAUUGUCGGUCAUGAAUCACAAUAAACACACCUAUCAGUAUCUAUUAGAUUUUGCGUAGCUCGUGAUGCACGUUGCGAUAGGCUCUCGCUCAACAUCGUGAACCUCUAAUUAGAUCGAACUACUCCCUGUCUCAUUUUGGUCGUGAUGCGGUGGGCAUAGCGAUGCAGUCAACGAAGCAGCUGCUUCCGAUGACCAGUUUAGCAGAAGAUGAUGCUGAAGAAGAGAUGACAAACACGAUUCUUACGGCAUCGGUCGUAGUAGAACAAAGAAUAUGAUGUGGUAUCAAAGCUUAUAGUAGAGUAAGGCCAAUAACGGGCUUCGAGUUGCCACGAGUUGCGCGAGUUGCCGAAGCGAAGAGCUUCACUCCUGGAACGAGUUGCCACGAGUUGCCGGAAGGUAUCCGCUCCAUCGAAAUGGAGCGAAGCAGGGCGGUGCGAGCACCAACCUAGCCGCUCGAAGUGGCGAAGUGUAGGAGACUGCCGCUUUUGUUGUUGCUCAUGAAGGGGGCAAUCGGGUACGGAGGGCGCCUGAGCCCUUAUGCCUUCUUUUUUGUAGCUUGCGCGCGGGCGCUUAUUAAACCACAACCAAGGCCAAGGGAGCGAAGGACUCGCCUCCUUGUUGUUUUUGUUUGACGUCAGUGGCGCUGUGGCGUGUGGUGUCGUCUAGUCGCUGACGAUCUCUCCUUUUUUUCUUCGGAUGUGUGCCCAAUGAGUCCACUCCAGGGGUGAGAGCGAAUGGCCCCCGUCUGCUUUAUAGGGCGGCGCGUCCAGCCUUGCUUGGGGUGAGUAGGCUAGAGAAAGCAUUCCAUUAGGUGGAAGUGGGGGCUGGAAGUGGAUCAUCGCACUAGUUUCGUCGUCUUUACUUAGAUGCCGCGAGUAACUAGAUGACCAAGCAGGUGGCUGAGUAGAAUGAGACGAGUUUCGAGCCCGAGACGGUUACUCGCUCCUGUCUCAAGGGUGCACUGCGAAGAAAAUCAAGGAUCAGAGACACGGCUCGCAGUGUCGUACGCUCCUGCUAAGGUUUCGCGGAGUCUCAUAAAGCCGCGCCCGAAGGGCGCCGCGUAAAAAAUUAGGGUGGGCAACUCGAGCAACCCGAGCAACUCGACCCGAUACGGGUCAAAAAGUGCCUUAUUCUAUUAUAGGUGUCACGCAAACAAUGGCUGCAUUGCAAUAUUUCUAAAGACUAGCUACUAAUGCACGCAAGGUUAAUAGUAAUACUACUAGGUAUAGGUAAGUCCAGCCAUUCUCAUGAUCUGUACUUAUGCUUGUUAAUGCAAUUACUCUCACUGGUGUCUAGGUCUACUCUUGUCGCUGUUUUGCUUCUGAAAGGUAACAAUCUUGUUCUUGAGGAUGUGAGCUUUAAUUUCUCUGAAGAUCAUGACAUGAGCGUGACCAGGAACACAACGUCGACCGGAGCUGAAGCAGCUACUCAGAGGAGAGAUGUCCGAGCCGCGACUGGGAACAGCACAGGCGAGAAGGAAACUGGUAGCAGCGUGGGUGCCGCUGAAGCGCGAAGUAACUCCAACGGAUUAUGAUGAACGGCGUUGCUCUUUUACCACCUGCAGGAGAACUUGACGAGCUUUUCAUUUUCUGUUAUGAUCAAAAUUGGACUCGUGUUACAGUCGAGUUACGAGUAUGAUAGCCUAGCCUAUAUAAGCAGAACAUCCCCGAUAUUGACAUAUCACGCAGUUGUAGACAUCUUCUAACACGAUAAGAAAUGAUAGAAUCGUAACCACCAGAACUUAGAACACAUAGUCUUAGUCAUAGACACAAAAACGAAAAUCAAAAUCAAUUAUCGUACAUUCAAGUAGUAAACUGAGAAAAAUAAUAUGAGAAUCUACUGUUCAUAAUCCGAUUCCUAGUGACUAAUGUUCAUGUGACCAAAAAUAAACUUACUGGUAACUACAUCUUCACUUCGUCUGUACUAUGCUUUGCGUUUGGAAAAUUUACAACAUGUCAUAGUCAUCCCUGAAAACGUGUCAAAAGUUUACAACUAUAACGAUUCUCUUAAAUGUACAAACGCGGCCCUAGAAGUGGCCUGCAAGCGAACGCUACCAUGCCAUAGAAUAUUUCGAACGAACAAAAAGCUCUACCUAGCUCAUAGAAACAAUUCUAUAUCGGAGAAAUACAUCAAGCGUAAAAAUCUGAUCAAUUGUCACCUUCAUGUUCAUCAGUCAUUCCAGUUUUUUUCAUGUUCGCCAUGGUUACGUCCCCACCUGACUCUGACAACAGAUGUAAGAUUCCACGACUCCUGCCGCUGCUAGUAGAUACUUAAUUACGGGCACUGCCUCCACGACAAACAUAUCUAUCAGACAAUCAGGUACCUCUUUAGUCAAAGCGACCUAGUUUCUUAUCAGUAGCAGGUAAGUUCAUGAAGUAAAAAUGAACAUUCUUCGUACUUGAUGCUCAUUACACGAGUCAUCCAUGCACCCAUCUCAUCGAUGCACGCGACACGCUUGUACAACAUGCUUUAGCGGCGUCGUGCCAUAUUCUCUUUGUUUUUAUCAUACGUUUUUGGCUGCGCUGGCUUUUAUUUGCACAAUCCCAAGAGGAACAAGCGUGUAAAGUUAUGAACAGCCACGACUAUGCAAUAUCCCUAUCAUGGACGGACAUCUACUCUGAAAAUCGUGCGAUAGCACAGAUAAUGUGAGGACAGCAACAAGAACCAAC